AUGGGUAUGGGUCGUCGUUCUAGAAGCCCUAAUGCAACGUCUUCUGAAGCUCCAGCCGAAAAAAUCGCAAAGAGAACGGAUUCGAGUGAUACCACUUCGGACGUCUCUACUUCUAAACAACCCGUUGUGAAAUGUGAAUCACCUUCUUCGGCGUCCAAGGAAACUUUGUCACCUUUAACUCCGUUUUCGCGUACCGUUCUGGUUAAAGAUGCUCAUCAUGUUCAAUCGAGAGUUAAGAGACAAGAUUGGUGCCGUUGGCCGAUAUGUAAGGACUUCUAUAGGACUGGUAACUGUCCAUUCCAAAGCGGCAAUGAAAAAGAUGAAAACCUCUGUCAAUUAGCUCACGUACGAGAGGAAGAUGGCAUAUCUGAGAUUGCUGAUGGAUACGUUCGCAUAUGCUUUGACUCGAUGGGUCUGAUCCAGCCAGCAUGUCGUCGAUCCAGAUGCUCCUAUUUCCAUCCUCCCAAGCACAUUCGUGAUCAAAUUAUUGCGAGACGCCAUGCUCAGUAUCUAGAGGAAAAACAAGCCAAAAUUCUUCGUAACCAAUCCAUGCAAUCUGCUUUGAUGCAGUUGCCUCAAACAGCGACAACGGCAAUGAAUCCGUUCAUUUAUGUGGCCGAUCCCCUGAAUGCGCCAUACAACCAAUUUAUGAUGUAUAACGGCUGUUUAAUGUCUGAUAUGUCUCCUGCAAACUUGAUGACUGCGAACAGAGUUGAUCCAACUGCUACAAAGGUUGGACCCCAAGCGGUUGGAAUAGAUGCAUCACAGAUUGCCUAUCAACAACUUUUGCCGGCCCCGGCUAUGUUACCACCUAUUAACUGGGCCGAAUAUUUGGCAAAAGUAAACACUCACUGUAUUCAACCGCAAAGACCUGAUGCCAUCUCACAAUAUAAUUGGCUACCUUUGGCGCAACUGAAUCCAUCUCUACUGGGAACUUUUAUUCAACAACCCGCCACCUUUGCCUUUCAAACUUUGGGACCAAUAAGUCCAGUUGCUACAACCAUCGGGCUGCCUGCAAAUUCGAGUGUUCUUUCGUGUGUGCCGAGCGCAGCGCCGGUUCCCGCCAGUGCAACUCAAUGA